AUGACGGUGGCUGAGGGUGGUGGAGGAGGCAUUUACAAAACAACAGAGAUUGUCCUCGCUUGCGAGAUUGAGAACAAUCCGUCGAAACACGACCUAAACCAAAGCCUUGUUCCGCGUAUGCAGGGCGUCGAGCUGAAAAACAACACCAUGCCCUUAGACUAUCUGGAUUGA